AGUUGCCGGCAGAAAGCACCGAAUGACGCGAGCAUAAACGCCGGGAGCGUCAGUGGCGUCGCGACACUGGCGCCGAGAGUAUAAACACGUCUCCGAAGUUCUGUCGGCGUCAUCGUCACUGGUUCCAGGUCAAGGACGCGACAAGCAUUAACCCCCGUCUUCUCACUUCAGCGCUGACCCACGGUAAGGUUGCCAUGUUUCCCUGGGUGCCAGAGGGCCAAGACCUGAGGUGGCUUUGCAAGUACUGCACCGAAGGCUGCCCCGCUAAACUGCCCUUCUGGUUCAAGUCCAUACACGAAAAAGUCUGCAAAUUUCGGCCGUGUCCUUGCGUACUAGGUGCCAUGUCGUGCUCAUGGAACGGCCCGCUCAAAGACCUUGCCACUCACAUCGUUCGGAGUCACAGCUUCAUACCAAAAUUUCAAGGCGAGCAGGUCGCGGUCACUGCGAACGACUUUCAGCGAGCGGAGGACUUCAGCUGGUUCACUCUUCUCUCCUGCUUUGGCCAGCACUUCCUCUUGAUGCUCAUGAAGCGCCGGUCCCCCGAAGACGAAGACGAGACGUACUUCAACGCCGUGGUACUGCUGAUAGGUCCUAGCGUCGAGACACUGAACUUUGCUUACCGCCUCGAGUUCGUCGCCCAGCACUGCCGUCUCACGUGGGAGAGCAAACCGGUCAGCGUCCAUGGGAUUGCCGACAUUUCAGUAACGAGCGGCGGAGGCUUUCUAUUCAUAGCCGAUACUGUGCAGCAGUUCACAGAUGGCAAGGACCUGAGCUUCAAUGUCAUCAUCUCAGAAUGUAGCACUCCCGCCACUUGGGAAAGGCAUAUCAGGCGCGGGGUCGCAGCCCAGGAUCUCUGGGGAAGCGUGUCCGGUUAACGGCAGCAUCCGGGAAACGACGUACGCCUCGGCUGGGUUCCGUGCUAGCGAUGACGCCGUAGCCUUACUUCCUCGCGGUCCUGUAACAGGCUACCAUUUAUUUCAGUUAUUCCCGAGUCAAUUUCCUGCACUUGAUUAGUGACCACAUUGCAAAACUCAGUGCCACGGGGACAUAGUAGCUAAUGCGACGGCGCGUUAUGCGCUCACUGCCGCACCGGAUACUGAAGCGCCAGACUGGCGCUGCAUGCAUGGAGGCGCUCGGUAUAAUGGUGCAGUAACCAAGUCUGGAGCGAAGAAAAAAAAAGCGCUGCCUACCUACUGUAUACCAAUUUUUUAAAUAAAUAAAAGCGAGAGACAGGG